ACGCGCCGUCUGCCAGGGACCACCACUGGUAGCCAGGCAGUCAGGUAGCUGUGUGCCACCAGCUGGAGCCUCAUUCAGACACUUUUCACACUCUGACUGCUGCUGACGGAGUCUUCACCAAACAACCUGUGGAUUUCUGACUGAUAUUGUAAGAUAUUUUGUCCAGAUUUAAGAAGAUGUUUCCCUGGUCGGCUGUUUUCUCCCUUGAACCCAAAGUGCCAGGCCAGCGCUCCACCGAGGAGCUGGUGACCAACACCCUGAUGCUGGAGCUGGGGGCCAUGGUGAAGCGCACUGAGCGCAUCCGCUUGGAGAGGGCGGCAGAGGGGCGGCGUCGGCGUCGCAGCUCCUCGUCCACGGCCGACUACAGCUGGCUGGCAAACGCCCCGACCCCUCAGCCCUACCAGCUCACACCCAACGACCUGCUGGAGCUGCAGGACCUCUGUGCCAAAAUCCCCCCUGCACAGUGUGGGCCUGUUAUUGUCAGGUUCAGGAGGCUGGUGUCGCAGAUGGAGCCCGAGGUCCACGAGGUCCCCCGCCUGUUUCGCACGGUGCUGCACAACUGCGUGGACGAGGUCAACGCGGAUGACGUCCACGCCCCGAGUGCGUUUUUCGAGAAGCAGCAGCGCAGCAAGAGCCUCUCCUUCGUUACGUUCCGCACCAAGUUCUGCACGGGCCAGAUGUUCAAGGGCAGCGGCCUGAGAGGGUCCAGGGGCAAUCUGCAGCAGCAGGUGGAUUGGUCUGAUGAGGACGAUGACGAGGAAGGAGAGGAGGAGGCCAUCAGGGCCAGGGCAAGGAAAGGAAGGAGCAAGAGCAUGCCAGAUAUCACCCCAAUGGAGCAGAGUGCUCAUGGGUGAAAAACAAAACAAAUAAAAGAACAAAGGAGAAGAUCAGCCAUCUACCUGCAAAUAAACUGUUUUUAAGAGGCUGAAAUGUUUACUGUGAAAACACGGUUGAGUUUUUACCCACAGCAAUGCCCUAAUGACAUGGUUAAAGUACCUGUGACAUAAAAUUUACAUGAAAAACAUUGCAUUUUUGGAUAUAACAUUAAUAAUGUAUAACAACAACAACAACAAAAAGAAAUUCAAGCCUGUUAUUUGCAUGUGCAAUAACAGGAAGUGAUGACAAAAGCAAAAGCCUGCAUGUAAGCAGAACAUAAUGUCUAAAAACACUAACAGUAGUGAAUUUGAUGCUUCUUUAGUUUAUUUUGAGAAAUUCUCGGAGAGAUGAAGAGUCAGAAUUCAAACAAUGUUGUCUCAACAAACAAAGAUCAGGGAGUUCCCCUUUUUAAAGAAUUCCCCUUUGACAUCACUUCUUGUUUCACUUUGGUUGUGUUCAACAAAAAUACAUCAGUUAAGUGAUAAAAUGGAUAAAAUCAUAAUGUAUUAUAUUUAAUUUCUUUAAUAUUCAGAUGAUUUCUUCCACUUUUUGCAUUUGUACAAAAUGAAUGUCACGGGCACUUUAACACAAGCAGCAGAUUAAAUAAAAUUACCAUUGUCACUACUUCAGCAAUUUUACAUUUAUUAUUACUACAAACAAAAAGUAGAUGCUAGCUUAGCAGAUUCAUAAACCAAACUUGUCAAAUUAACAUUUUAACUGUCAAAAGGAUAAGUAUUAUUUAUCCUGAGAAAAUUAACAUUUUAUCUUGUGAUUUUUCUAAUUCAUCAGCUGUUUGAACCAACAUCCCUAACACAUAGUGUGAAUAAAGAAUAAAAAUUAUGACUCCUGCACCUCAGAUAGCUUUAAAAUCAAAUGCUUGAUGUAAGAAUUCCUCAUGAAUAAUUAAAGCAGCUUCUUAUGCAACAACAAAAAGCUCCACAUUUCCACUUCACUUGGAUCUUUUAGCAAAAUCAUGGCAAACAGCAGUUAAAAUCAUGUCAAUGUUUUUUAUUGUCCAUAUAUUUGAGCUAUUAAACCUUGUUUUAUUAUUUAAUACAAUUAAAGCGUUGCUUUUUCAUAACAGUGCCCGUGUUUUGCUUCAACAGCCGAAUGGCUCAGAUCUAAAAUCUUUAGGACAGAUUUCUGCCAGUUCAAAUUGGUGAGGAAUAUUCCAACACAGGUAAUGAGCCUGUGUGGGGUCAACAAACCGGAACCUCUCAUAACUUCAGUUUAAUAAUUUAUCUUAAGAAAAAGUCGAACCUCAGUGCCAGCAUCCCAUUAUUUAUUAAUGUGCACUCUCUCUUCAAUACAUCAUACCUAUAUGCACUAUAUACAAUGAAGGAAGUCAAGGCAUUUGGCUAAAAAAAACAAGGUGAAAAUAGAAACCAUUUCUUUUUUCUUUUUUUACAAAGUAAUGGUCAUUUAAAUAUUUGUCUUAAGAGGAAAAGGAGGGGAAGAAACGAUAACAGAGAUCCAACCAGACACUUCCAGGGAAUCUGGUGGAUCAAAUCACUUCAUUAAGGGUCGUCUCCAUCCAGAGAAAACCCCUUCAUAAGUUCCGAUCCACUCCGUGGCAGUUUUAAAACACUUCCUGACUGCAUCUGAUGAGUUAGUUUAGAUUAAAAUACCAGUUUAAUAUAACUUUACACUCUGCGCGACUCAAGCUCAGUUCAGUUCAGACGGCUCUGCCUUCAAGCAUCUUAGCUUUAUAUCACAGUUUAAUAAGAGUACCCAUUUGGCAAAAAUCAACUUCAUCAGAAACAAAACAUAACUGAAAAAAAAAA